AGAGCCGGCGCAUCCCCAGCACACGCACGGUGCCGGAGACCGAGGGGCAUCCCAACCUCACACACCAACUCCAGGAGCCGCCAGCGCGCCCCAUCCAUCCAUCCCCUACAUCCAGGAUCACCUGACAAGAGCCAGAGGGGGAAAAUGCUCUUUUCUUAAAUCUUUUGGUGUGUGUGAUUUGGUUUCUCGCGGCUUUUUUUUUAAAACAAAAAAAAACAAAACAUUUUCUCUUUUUUUUUUCUUUUUUGGCCAGUGGAUACGGAUUCGCUGCCAUGUCAAAGCACACUGAAUUAUAUAUAAGCGACGAGCGUCUUGUUGCGUGACAGCUCUGAUCUCAAAGCAUUUUAUUAGACGUCUCAUCCACCAGUGACUGCCAAAAGGACGCUAUUGUUUGACCGAUGCCUCACUUCCAAGAGCGCAGGGACAAACAAAGUGGCUCCGCUCGUCUCUGCUGAGCCCGACGCUUCCAAACCUGCCACAAUUCUGUCUCGGACCCAUCAAAGGACUGGCUUUAUUUUUUUUCCUCCCGCAACCUCUUUUGGCUUUAACACCCGUGAGGACGAUCGCCAUUCUUCCUUUUUUUCCCCCGUUGUAUUUGUUUUAUCAUCUUUUUUUUUUUUUUUUUGACCGGACCGGAUCCUUUUUACGCACGCAUGCAGGGGAAAAAAUCUGUGAUCGACUGACUUCUUCUUCUUCUUUCUUCGCGCACAUUAACUCGGGAGCUCCAAGCGAAUCAGGAGGGGAGAGAAAAAGCAGAUACUCGGUCAAUGCUUUGGCCUGCACUGUUGAUUUGAUUUGUGCGUGCAGCGUGUGUGCAGCGUUUGUGGGGGGUUUGCAGCCCAGCCAAAGCCAUGGUCCACUGCGCCGGCUGCGAGAGGCCUAUCCUGGACCGAUUCCUCCUCAACGUGCUGGACAGAGCCUGGCACGUCAAGUGCGUGCAGUGCUGCGAGUGCAAAUGUAAUUUGACAGAGAAAUGUUUUUCUCGAGAGGGAAGACUAUACUGCAAAAAUGAUUUUUUUAGGCGGUUCGGCACCAAGUGCGGCGGCUGCUCGCAGGGCAUCUCCCCCAACGACCUGGUGCGCAGGGCCCGCAGCAAGGUGUUCCACCUCAACUGCUUCACCUGCAUGAUGUGCAACAAGCAGCUCUCCACCGGCGAGGAGCUCUACAUCAUAGACGAGAACAAAUUUGUUUGCAAAGACGAUUAUCUAAGUAACGCCAGCGUAAAAGACAGCAACCUCCUCUCAGUGACUACAUGCAGCGACCCCAGCUUAUCCCCGGACUCCCAGGACCAGCUGCAGGACGACGUGGUCCUAAAGGACACGGAGAUCGCCGCCCUGUCCGACAAGGAGACGGUGAACAACGAGAACGACGACCAGAACCUGGGCGGGAAGCGGCGCGGCCCGCGGACCACCAUCAAGGCCAAGCAGCUGGAGACGCUGAAGGCGGCGUUCGCCGCCACGCCGAAGCCGACGAGACACAUCCGGGAGCAGCUGGCGCAGGAGACCGGCCUCAACAUGCGGGUGAUCCAGGUGUGGUUCCAGAACCGACGCUCCAAAGAGAGGCGCAUGAAGCAGCUGAGCGCGCUGGGCGCGCGGCGGCACGCGUUCUUCCGCAGCCCGCGGAGGAUGCGCACCCUGGUGGACCGGCUGGAGCCCGGGGAGCUCAUCCCCAACGGGCCCUUCUCUUACUACGGAGCAGAUUAUCAGAGCGAGUAUUACGGUCCAGGAGGGAACUAUGACUUUUUCCCUCAGGGGCCUCCGUCAUCGCAGGCCCAGACCCCCGUUGACCUCCCCUUCGUGCCCUCCUCAGGCCCCACGGGGACCCCCCUGGGAGGCAUGGACCACCCCUUGCCGGGCCACCACCCCUCCAGUGAGGUACAACGCUUUUCUGACAUUAUGUCCCACCACCCGGGGGAGUCGCCGAGCCCCGAGCCUGGAAUCCCGGGGCCUUUGCACAGCAUCUCAUCAGAGGUUUUUGGCCCCAGCCCACCAUUUACCUCACUGUCGCUGAACAGCAGCGGAUACAACAGCCACCUGUCUCACCAACCCUCAGAAAUGAACGAGGGAACGGUGUGGUAGCUUUCUCUCGCAGCGCGGACUCUACUGGCCAGAGAUCGAGUGGCGGAGGAUUGAGGCGGUUUGGUGUUACUGGGGGGCUAAGGGUCUAGAAGAAGGGACGAGGAAAUUGACAGGGUUAGGGGGAAUUGCCAUUAAAAAAGUUAUUUUUCUUUUUAUAUUUAUUUAUUUAUUUCUUCAUUUUGAUUUCUUUUUCAUUUUACCUUUUUGUUUUCUCUAAAAGUUUGUGUUCAGUAUUGUACGAGUGGGUGUUUUUCACUGCUUCUUUCAACUCCUCACCUACGUUACAUCCAAAAACUGGACUUUGAAAUAAAAGGAGAAAAAAAAGAAAAGCAAAACUAGGCAAGACUGCUAAAUGAACACCCCAUUCUCCUUUUAUUUGGACUUUGUGGGUCACCCCUGUUUUUUUUCCUGCUGAUUCCUGUCGGUGCCCCAUCACUGCGACCAAACCCUGCAACACAUACCGGUGUGCUGUAAAAAAAGAAAAAACAGCCCACUCUUGAAACUCCAAUAGUAAGUCCCGAACAAGAAAACAUCACCGGCUAUUGUCAAAGACUUGAAUAGCUUUACAGAGAAAAGAAAAGGAGCUGAGGGUUGUUUAUGUGCUGACCUGGCACUUUAGGAAGCGGCAUUCAGACGACGUGAGAGAAACUGGACGUGUCCUUAUUUAUUCAGAAGCUCCUCAGACCUCUUGCCGAUCAAGGCUCUGCCAUACUGACACUUAACCUUUUUCACAGUACAGUUCUGAAGGCCAGAGGAAACAUUUUCACGUGGACUAUAUUUGUUUUGUUUUGGUUUCAGAAGUUCCACCAAACCCGAGGAAAUCCGCCUUUAAAAGGCAAAAAACCAGUUAAACCCUCAAUGGAUUGCAAACCCUUUAUUGAAAAUGAAAAUGAACUUGAAAUGUUGAGAUGAAGUCUACCUUCUAAAAGUCCUCUGUUGGGUUCUAAACGGGACUUAGAACAGUCAACUGUUUACGUAACCUAUUUAAUUCAGGAGUCCAGAAGUCUUGACAACCAUGUUUUAGAACCUCUUGAUUCACAUAAAAAUGUUCCAAGCAACCAACCAAACUUUUGUAUUGAUUUCAUUUAUAUUGUAUGGAGAUGAAAACACAUUUGCUGAGGUUGUGGUUCACUGUGCUAGUUUGUACAAGAUGUUGUUUACAGAAAAGGAAAAAAAAACUGCUAAAAACACAAGUAAAGUAGAUAUUUGCCAAAUUUAAAAAGAUAGCACAAAUGCUGUUAAAGUGCUAGGCACCAUUAUCACAGUAUGUAUUGAAACCAACUAAGUGUUCAAAGGAGCAAUUGACUUCUAAUUGUUUUUUUAGUCUGCUGAUGAUGCAUUCAUAAAAUUGUUAAUAUAACAUAUUUAGGUUUUAUUUUUGUGUCUUCAAAGAAGAAAAAUCCAAACUAUUAAAAACUGAUGGUCAAAUUUGCAGCGAUUAGCUGCUACAUCUCUUUGAAUUUCAAGCCCUCAUGGUAUGUCUUUUAUUGUUUCAAUAAACCUAAACUUAUGUGA